GUGUCGAUGAGAGAGGGACGAACAGGUUAGUCUAGUAGCAUUAAGGAGGAGCAAGUGUCACGAGCACACGCCUUGAAACCUUAUUUUCCCCCAGGUACAAAGAACAGGUAUCAUUUUUCACGACGUCGUUGUGAUUCGGAUAUAGAGCAUUGAAAGAGUGCAUUCUAAGUGGACUUCACAAUGCCACGCGAUAAAGUCAGCAUCCCUCCAUACCAGCCAAGUGGCAACAAACACCACAGCAACAGACACAGGCAUAGUGAGCUCAUGUCAAAUCCUGCAUUUUCCUACCAUCCAGCGGACACCAUGCUACAUUUCUAUCGCUGGAGUUCACCACCGGGCGUGAUGAAGAUACUUUGCAUCUUGAUCAUCAUCAUGUGCGUGGCUGUGUUUGCUUGUGUAGCCUCCACCCUUGCCUGGGACUAUGAUAUGAAUGCCAUUGGUCUGGGUGGUAGCAGCAGCUUGUUGCCAGGCUAUGGCUCCUCAUAUGGUGGCGCAUACGGUGGUGCAUACAGUGGCAGUUAUGGUGGCGCCUUUGGAGGAGGCGUUGGCGGUUCCUAUAGUGGCUACGGUGGCUAUGGAGGAUCAACACAAAUAGAUCCUGUUGCUGGAAAAGGCUUCAUUAUUGCCAUUUCUGCCAUCACCUUUAUAGCUGUGCUCAUCAUUUUUGUGUUGGUUGUGUCAAGACAACGUGCUGCUCAUUCAUCAAAGUUCUACCUAGCAACAAUCAUCAUCUGUGCCAUCUUGGGAUUUUUGAUGAUCAUCGCCACUAUUGUGUACCUGUGUGCCGUAAACCCAACCGCCCAGUCCUCAGGGUCUAUUUACUACAAUCAAGUUCGACAGCUGUGUGCUCAAUAUCAAAACCAGAACCAGGCCCAGGGUAUUUUUCUCAACCAGUAUCUGUACCAUUACUGUGUGGUGGAACCCCAAGAGGCUAUAGCAAUAGUCUUGGGCUUCCUGGUGUUUAUAGCCCUCAUCAUUCUUCUGGUGUUUGCUGUUAAGACACGCUCCAGCAUCAGGCGCUGGGGCAGAGACCGUAUUCUAUGGGAGGAGGUUAAGGUUGUCAACGAUAGUCACAGCAUUGGAGAGUGGGUAAAAAAUGUGUCAGGCGAGCCAGAAGCAAUGCUGAAUGAUUAUAACGAUCAAGUCGGGGCACCUCAGAGCAACAUGGACCAAAUGGAACAAAACAAGCCUCUUUACAUGCCAGGGAAUUCCGAUAUCUCUAGCACCAUGGAUGGCCUAAAGACCAGACUGAACGAUUAUGACACUGGUCCAGAUUCAGGAGAUGACUUUGAGGAGAACUUUAGCAAACUGUUCCCUUCUAUUGUGGAUGAGGAGGAGCGUCUGAACUACAAACAUGAAUUUGAGCAGGAUUACCAUGAGUACAAAAGAAUUCAAGUUGAGCUGGACAAUAUAAACCAGAAACUUGCUCGUUUGGAUCGAGAACUGGACAAACAUCCAGAUGGCAGCCCUCAGUUUCUGGAUGCCAUGGAACAGUACACCAGACUGAAGAACUUAAAGAAAUCCCCUGAUUACCUGAUCAAUAGGAAGCGGUGCAAGUAUCUCAGGUCCAAGCUGUCCCACAUCAAAAGGAUGAUCAGUGAUUAUGAUCAUCGACCUUGAAUCUCAAGUUGGUAUCCCAGUGAAUGAUGCAAACCUGCAGUGUCUCGCAACCGAUUUUCAAAUUUUUCAAGACUCAUCAUAAGCGGAUACAAAAAAUAAUAUACUUUUCGGAGUCAAGGUAGCAGGGAUUUGUGUGGCUUUUCUUGAUUAUGGAUUUUUUUUAAAUUCAUGAACUAUGAAAAACAAUUGAAAACAGGAUGUCAAGUACUGUACAUAUAAAUAUCUGAUUUAAUUUCAAGCAACAUUUAAUGAAUACGGCUUUUUAUUUUUAAAGCAAUUUAAAUACACUUUCUUAAAGACAGGUGAUAUGCCAUCUACUCUACUAAUUACAGCAUUUAAAAUCAUUCAUCUCUUGUAAACAAUAUUUAGUAUACAAUUGUACAUGUUUUUAAUUGUUUUUAGCAUGUGAAAUAAAAUGUUUCUCUAGA